CGUCCCUGAGAACAGUCAUAGAUAAUACGGCACACGGACACGUAGAAAAGGCUCUUCAGUUCUUCAUCUCCCUUUCUCUUAGUAAUCUCUGAUCGACAUCGGUUCUUUGCAGGCCGUCAUUUCGCUUUACCUUGCACUACAAUGGAGGCCACGUCGGUGUUCCUCAACUCGAGAAUAAAUCCAUUUGGGUUUUCUGUUGCAAACACCUUCAAGCCCUCUAUCAGACCUUUUAACAAACACUUACAAGUCCAGCUACAUGUCAACAAUUCGAACCUCAAAACCAUCAAACCCCCUUCAAAAUGCUUUUUCCGUGCGUGCCCAUUGUCAUCAUCGCCAGAAAUAAGGAGAACCCAUUUGUUGUGUCCACCCAAAUGCUCCUAUUCCAACUCUACCAGCUCAGAAUCUCAUAACCCAUUUUUAAAACCCCUCAAAAACCUCUCAUUUGAUUCAUUGAAAGCCACCCUUUCUCAAUUGACCCCAAUUGAUAUAUGUAAAUGGUCUGGGAUAUUAUGCGUGUCCAUUGCAGCCACUAAACGGACUGUGAAUUUGCUGUUGAACCCUUUCUUUUGGAUGUACUUCAGCUGGACUUGGUUGUUCUGGCCAUGGUUUUUGGCUGUUGGGGUUGCAGUUUAUGGCUUGUAUUGCCUUCGCAGGCAUUUGUGCGGUGAAGCUAAUGUGUUUGAACAAAUUGCUAUUGUUACUUCAGUUUUUACUUGGCUCACCCUUGUCCCACCUGCCCAUUUCAAUGGCUUCCUUGAAGGAUGGCCUUUUGUGUUCUUUUUUGUGUAUCAUUAUUUCUUUUUUUUCAAUGUAAGUGUUAGGAAGCGCCUCUAUGGGGACUACUUCCUUCGGCCGCAUGAUCCCAAAUGGGAUGUGAGCCCACCCAAUUGGCAUCGCCUCUUGUUCUGCAUUGGAGUUAUGGUUGGGCAUUGGCUGGCAGCAUAUGAAGGGCCAGAGUUGCACCUCAUUCCAGGUGGUUGGAACAAUUUGUGGGUGUGGGCAUUGAUAAUGGUAACUCUGUUUAUGCAGUACCACUCAACAUUAUAUCUUGCAAAGUACUCAGAAAAAGUGGUGGUGCCUACUGCAGUUGUGCAGUUUGGGCCUUACCGAUGGGUCCGUCAUCCAAUAUAUGCAUCUACAAUGCUUCUGUUUGUGAGUUACUGUCUUGCACUCCGGGCACCCAUCAGCUCCCUGUUUGUCAUCGCUGUUUGCUUGAUGUAUUAUGAGCAGAAAGUAAAAUUGGAGGAGGCCUCGAUGGUGGAGACCUUUGGGGAGAAGUAUAUGGAGUAUGCAAAUAAAGUUAAGUACAAGUUCAUCCCUUUUGUUUAUUAGGCAGUGUGAGAAUAUGCAGUUGCUUUUUUACAUGUUGCAAUCAAUUUCUGGGAUUCAAAGAAUGAAGCUUUGCAACCAGGAAAAGGACAUGUUAGAUUAGAUAGAAGAGGUGUGCAGUUUCCUUUAAUGAUUGUUUCUCAUGUUUCUUUAUUCUCUUUUCCUAUCGAUUUAGAGUUCUUAAUUUACCCAUAAAAACUUAAUUGAUGCUUUUGUCUGUUCAUUCA